UUUAAUCAUCCCACUCUAGCAAUUAAUCCCAUACUCUAAGGUCUCUCUACAAAAUGUUUUACUUUCUUUUCUCACAAUCCCCAAAAGCCAUCACUAUGAUCAGUUCCAAGAAACUCAUCAAGAUGGCCAAGAAAUGGCAGAAAUUUGUGGCGAUCAGAAGGAAACGGAUUUCAUUUCCAGAACAGAACGAGGAAGUGGAUGGUUGUGGUACAUCAUCAGCAGUUGCCAAAGGUCAUUUUGUUAUCUACACAGGUGAUCAAAAGCGGUUUGUUAUUCCCCUAUCUUUUCUUGACAACAAAAUCAUCAGACAAAUGUUGGAAAUGUCAGAAGAAGAAUUUGGGCUUCCAAGUGAUGGACCUAUUACUUUACCAUGCGAUGCAGUGUUCAUGAAUUACAUCAUUUCACUACUUAGCAGAGGUGUAAGCACAGAACUCCAGAAUGCUUUGCUUGUAUCAGUAACUUCAAACCGAUGUUCCUCGGCUUCAUUGCAUCAUGGAUGGAGAAAUCAGCCAUUACUAAUUUGCUGAUGACUGCAAUGCCACUAUUUAUUUGUAAAUGACAAAGUUAGAGAUAGUUGAUUCAUUAAAUUGAAAUGUUGUAGUAAUUCUAAGCCAUCAUAUGGAAUAGUAUUAUAUGUUU